AUGGUAUUGCUGUUCAGUAUUGCUGAUUUGGCUGGUUCCUUUGCUCUAAACAGGUUGUCUCCCGGUUCUGAUGUCUACGUCACAGUUUCAUCCAUUGCCUUAGCGAGAUCACAACAGUGCCGUAAUUCUCCAAGCAACUUAUCAUCCUCAAGUGAGACUGGCUCUGGUGGGGGCACAUACAGACAAAAGUCUAUGCCAGAAGGGUUUGGAGUUAGCCGUAGAUCCCCUGCUUCCAUUGACAGGCAGAACACACAAUCAGAUACGGGUGGUAGCGGCAAAUCCACAUCCAGCUGGCAAAGAAGUGAGGAUAGUAUCGUGGACCAGAUGGAACCAACAUGUCAUCUCCCAGCAGUAUCAAAAGUACUACCGUCCUUCAGAGAAAGCCCCAGUGGAAGACUGAUGAGACAGGAUCCUGUGGUUCAUUUGUCUCCAAAUAAGCAGGGUCAUUCUGACAGCCACUACUCCAGCCAUUCCAGCAGCAAUACUCUCUCCAGCAAUGCAUCCAGUGCUCACAGUGAUGAGAAGUGGUAUGACAGUGGAGAGCGCACCGAAUCAGAGCUGAACAGCUACAACUACCUUCAAGGGACUUCAGCUGAUAGUGGCAUAGAUACCACUUCCUACGGACCUAGCCAUGGCAGCACUGCCUCCCUGGGAGCAGCAACAUCUCCCCGUACAGGGCUAACAAAGGAGAAAGUGGCACCACUGUGGCAUAGCUCCAGCGAAGUGGUCUCCAUUGCAGACAGCACAUUGGAAAAAGAGAGCCGCAUGGACCGGAAGACUGAGUCUUCACUGAGCCUGGAUAUUCACAGCAAGAGUCAACCAGCCUCCAAUCCUCUAACAAGGGAGAACAGUGCUUAUAGUCUUAGUGAUGCCGUCUCACAUACAAGUACCAUGAGCUCACGACACUCUGCCAGCCCAGUUGUUUUCACCAGUGCCAGAAGCUCACCUAAAGAAGAGCUUCAUUCUGCUACUUCUCCCCAGCUCGCACCUUCUUUCUCCUCCUCCUCUUCCUCCUCAUCUGGUCCUAGGACUUUCUACCCUCGCCAGGGUGCUACUAGCAAGUAUCUGAUCGGAUGGAAAAAGCCAGAAGGGACAAUAAACUCAGUGGGGUUUAUGGAUUCAAGAAAACGUCACCAGAGUGAUGGCAAUGAAAUGGCCCACCCUCGGCUGCGUGCUUCAGCGAGAGAUCUACGAGCAUCACCAAAACGAGCAUCCAAGUCCACCAUUGAAGAAGAGCUGAAGAAAUUGAUAGAUCUUGAUAGCCCGACACCUGAAUCCCAGAAGAAUUUUAAGUCACACACUCUGUCCUGUCAGUCUCCCUUUCCCAGCACUCCUACCACAAGGCGUGCCUUGCAAAGGACUUUGUCAGAUGAGAGUAUUUACAGUGGUCAAAGGGACCACUUCUUCACCUCACGGGCCUCACUCUUGGACCAAGCCAUGCCAAAUGAUGUACUAUUCACCAGCACGUACCCUUCUCUCCCAAAGUCACUGCCAUUACGGAGACCAUCAUAUACUUUGGGAAUGAAAUCACUACAUGGAGAGUUUUCUGCCUCAGACAGCUCCCUCACAGAUAUCCAGGAGCAAAGACAGCAGCCCAUGCCAGACCCUGGUCUUAUGCCAUUGCCUGAUUCUGCCUCUGAUCUGGACUGGUCAAACUUGGUAGAUGCUGCCAAAGCAUUUGAAGUUCAGCGAGCUUCAUUCUUUGCUGCUGAUGAUGAAAAUCACAGACCUGUGAGUGCUGCCUCCAGUAGCGAUCAGGCUGAGGACCAGCUUACUGCACAGAUAAAGCCUUAUACAGGUAAAGAAUCUCCUCCAACUCUCGCCUCUAAAGUGGACCAACUGGAAGGUUUGCUGAAGAUGCUGCAAGAGGAUUUAAGGAAGGAAAAAGAGGACAAGGCCAGUCUCCAGGCUGAAGUGCAACAUUUGCGGGAAGACAACUUGAGGUUACAGGAGGAAUCUCAGAAUGCAACUGAGAAACUGAAGAAAUUCACUGAAUGGGUUUUCAACACAAUUGAUAUGAACUGAGAACAGUGUAUGGGGAAGGAAACUAUCUGUUAUGGAUAUUAUUACUGGGACUUAAGCUUUAAUGCCACCUUAAUCAUGACAUGUGAAAGUAUAGUCAGAGCACUUCCCUGUUCUUCAUCUUCCAGUAACCCUUUUUUGCAUUUCUGCGUGCACUCGGAACAAUUGCAGAUCAACAAUCAAUGUCUGCCUUUUGUAGAAAAGAACAAAGUAAAUAAUUUUAAAAAGAUAAAAUAAAAGUUUAACUGCUAAAA